CGUUCUGCAGUAGAGAAACUUCAAGUGAACUCGGCCUAUCCGAAGCUUAGAAUGGGAAAAAUCAUUACGAUUCCCUCGGAUACAACCGUUCAGGGCGCUUUAGAAACGAUGUUAGAGAACAAACUCCGAAGUGUUAUUUCAUUUAAGGAUGUCAAUGAUCCGAAGAGCAUAUGCUGUAUUGAGAUGAGCGAUAUUUUAAAGAUUAUAUUAGAUCUUUACUCUGAGAGCGAUAUGUACAUCGAGAAAGACUUUAUGUACAUCUUGCGGAACUCAGAUCACUCUUCUUUGAGGAAGUUGCGCGCUAUUGACGUCUCGAACAUCGCGGGCAAUGCUUCGUUUGCGGUGGUACAAGAGGGCUCAUCUAUUCUGAGCGUUGCUUCUAUCAUGGGUACCAGGGGCGUUCGGCGCGUGUUGGUCAUUAACGACGCAGGUGUGCUAGUGAACAUAAUUACUCAGAGUUCUGUGCUCGAGCUGUUGAUGGAGAAUCGUCAGGAGCUGGGCCCUAAAUUAGAUCAGACGCUGUUUCAGCUAGGAUGUGGUGGGAAGCCCGUUAUUUCCAUCAAGGCGGGCGAAUCCACUAUCGUGGGGUUCAGGAAAAUUGUCGACAAUCGCUUCACCGCGGUAGCCGUAGUUGACGACGAGACCGAGGAGCUGAUUGGGAGCAUCAGUCUUCGCGAUAUUGAAUCACUGGUCCAUUUGAAACAAAGAAUCAAAAUUUUGUACGAACGCGCCGAUAUGUUUAUUCGAGAAAAUUCGAACCACGCACAAGGGCAAGGUGUCUCCUGCACACCUCUAAGCACCAUGAGAGAAGUUCUGGAGAAAAUGCACGCGUCGGACUCCAGAAGGUUGUGGAUCUGCAACAAAAAAAAAGUGCCUAUCGGUGUGGUAACAAUCACUGAUAUCAUCGAACUUAUAUCUCCAGACAACAAUUCAGCGGAAAACGUAUAAUAAACGCUUCUUUAAUUUUCA